AUGGCUUCGCACUUGGCUAACAUCUUCGGUACAGAGCAGGACCGCGUAAACUGCUCUUUCUAUUACAAGAUUGGAGCUUGUCGACACGGCGACCGUUGCUCAAGAAAACACAUCAAACCACCAUUCUCCCAGACCAUCCUCCUUCCAAACGUCUAUCACAACCCCGCUCACGACCCCGUUUGCAAACUCACAGAGAAGGAAUUGCAAGAGGGUUUCGAUGCAGUGUAUGAGGACCUCUACUGCGAGCUUGCCAAGUUUGGCCAUCUUCUCGAACUUCAUGUUUGCGAUAACGUCGGUGACCACCUGAUUGGUAACGUAUACGCUCGGUAUGAAUGGGAAACUGAGGCACAAGCGGCGGUCGACAGCUGCAACGAGAGGUGGUAUGCAGGACGCCCGUUAUACGCUGAACUUUCGCCAGUGACAGAUUUCCGCGAAGCCUGCUGUCGCCAAAACGAGAACGGCGAAUGCAACCGUGGCGGAUUCUGCAACUUUAUGCAUCUCCGACUUCCCAGUCCUGAACUGCUCAGACAGCUGCGCCACGGCCAACGUCUCGAGCGUAAACUCAAUCCCCCAAAGAAUGAGAACGGUGCUGGUGGUUGGGAGCCGUCUAAGCGGGAAGGUGGAAGGGGUCGUAGCGCCAGUCCUGGAAGGAGGACAACCCACAGUGGUGAGGAUAGGUGGACCAGGAAAUAACCGCUUAUAACUUCUAGUGAAUGUCUUUCAAAAGACUGCUUUCCGGUUGUGCUUUCCCGUAGUCUGUAUCAUUUAUACUAUUUGUUCCAACGCUUUUA